UUCUGUAUUCUGCCUGUGCCCAGCUCGGCUAGAGGGGGCGAUGCGAAGGCGGAAGUCAGCUGUGGGGAGGAGAAGCCCAGACACGGGAAGCUGAGGGCCGGGAGUCGCGAGUGAAACCUCUCCUCAGCACCUGAGAUGUUUGCUCCCGGCGGGUCCGGUGGCUCUUCCAUUCCUAGGAGAAGAGGCCAUGGGGCCCAUGCCCUUCCUAAACAGCCAGAAAGAAGCCUGGCAUCUGCUCUGCCCGGUGCUUUGUCCAUAACGGCUCUGUGUACCGCCCUGGCAGAGCCAGCAUGGCUACAUAUCCAUGGAGGAACGUGCAAGCGCCAGGAGUUGGGGGUGGCGGAUGUGCUUGGGGCGGAGGAUCCUGAGCUGCUGAUCAAGUUCUGUAUGAACCGUCAGACUAUCCUUCUCCUUCGCGUCAUUGCUGGCUUCUGCUUCCUGGGCAUUGCCUGCAGUAUGACUGCCUUCUUGCUUGAUGUCUUUGGGCCCAAACACCCAGCGCUGAAGAUUACACGGCGCUACGCCUUCGCACACAUCCUGACAGUUUUGCAGUGUGCUACAGUUAUUGGUUUCUGCUACUGGGCCUCAGAGCUCAUACUUGCUCUCCAGCAGCAGCACAAACAGUACCAUGGCUCUCAAGUCUACGUCACCUUUGCUGUGAGUUUCUACUUAGUGGCCGGAGCAGGUGGAGCAUCCAUACUGGCCACCGCAGCCAACCUCCUGCGUCAUUAUCCCACAGAAGAGGAGGAGCAAGCUCUGGAAUUGCUUUCAGAGAUGGAAACUGACUCUUACCCUUCCGAGUAUGACGUCAUGAACCCCUUUCAGCCACCUCCUGCUUACACUCCGUAACAAGGCUCUCGGGGAGGGAGCCGACAUCACUCAUGAGACUAUCUGCCUACACCACGUAGAGCACCUGCAUCCAAGGGAGAACAUUCUGGCCAAUCUGGCCUAGAUAUGGAAACCGGCAGCCAUGUUGUCCAGGCAGAUGUCACACUUUUGCUUCCCUUGCUCUUUGUUUGGUAUAUAAUGUUAUAUUUUUGUGAAUGUUCACAACUUAGAGAUGCUUCUAAUCUAAUACCGCUUUCACUCCUGAUAUACAGUUUAAUCCAAGAUACAAAAUUGAAUUGGCUGACCCUCUUCACAAAAGGCUAAUAUCUGCUGCCAGUGUUUGGUUCCUGAAGACAGAGGGUCUUUCUGUAAUUGUACUAAGAAUUGAGGCAUUACAUUUCCAAUCAUUUCAUGAAACAUAGUGAAAGGUUUGAGGCUUAGGGUACGGAAGAGUGUCAGCUGUAGAAGAUAGGCAAAUGUAGAAAGGUCUAGGUAGGAUUAGUUAGGACUGAUAGUCUGUUGAAUGAUGUGUUUGAAACUCAUCUACUCUUGGUAAAAGGGUAACCAGAGACCAGACCUGUUUGUCUGAACCCAGUGGUUUGCAAUAUUUUAGUGUGAUUGGCAAAAUCUACUCUUCUUUUCUAGGGGUUUUUGGUUUAUUUGGGGUUUGUUUUUGUUUUUUUAGCACCCAGACUUACAGUGUACCUGUGACCUAUACAAAGUAGAGACAGCUAUUUCAAUCAUCUGACACCACCACAACAUGAGGCAUAAAGUGCUUCAACCCUCAGCAGUGUCACUAUUUUUUUAUUGAAUUUAUAGGCUGCAUACUUCUGGCUAUUGGUUCAGUCCACAAGAUGGCUGCCUCCAGUUUGAGUAGCUGGCUCACGCACUUUAAUGUAUGGGUGAUAUUUAUAUACCUGUGGUGUAUAUAGUCUUUAGUUUUUAAGUGAUUCCAAAGUGGAUAUUUUCUUCUGGCCUCCAGGAGCACAAUAGGCAGUUACCAGGCAGGCUCUUGGCAAAAGGAGGAAAAAAGAAUACCAGAGCAUUAUUUAACAACCCUGAAUCUUCGCCCCAGAAACUAUAUUUAAUUUACGUAUUUAUAACGUACAAAAUGGAAGAUCAUUCCAUUGCCUCCUUAACAGCAGAAUAAUUUUAAACAAAUAUUUUGACAAGAAGGGUACAUUUUAAAUAAAUUAUUAUAUUUUAAAUGGUUUUACUUAAAUAAUUGAUAAUGGGGAUAAAGAAGGACAUUAACAGAAACCGUUCCCCUGGUAAAUGUAGAAACUGUUUUUGCCUAUAGCAGCCAAACUUUGGCUUUCUAAACUUUAUUUAAAAAAAAAAAAAAGUAUAACAGAACCUGAUCUACACAGUAUCCUGUAGAAUAUUUUUCAGAUAUGUCCUCCAGUGUAUCAUAGGAACCUUUGGUAGGGUGUGGAAAUGGGGAAAUAGACUUUGCUAAAACAAUGUUUGUCUUUGGUUUUGAUUAUAAUUUUCUGUUGGUUUGUGCCAUUGUCCCAACGGACAUUGGUACUGAAAAGCCUUAACGUAACUUGUUUGAUUUGAUUGCAGUCCCUGAUUUAAAAAAAAGCAAUUAACAUUGUAAUAAUUUUAUGUUUCUGAGCAUGAAUAUAAAUAACCUCCAGUUCAUUUCUGAUACACAAGGUGGGAGUAGACAUAUUGAAAACCUGUGGUCUUCUGUAUAAAUUUAUAUUCCUCUUAAUUUAUUCCGUUACAGCAUCACCUUUUAUAUUAAAUGUAACUGUUUCACAAUAAAACGUACAAAAAUA